AUGGCCAUGUUCCCCUGGCAGUUACGUCUCAAUGCGUUCCUCAUCCUGGGGAAGUUGAAUCAUAAUUCUUCUUACUCUAGGGAGCGGCUGUUCAAGUGCUUGCAGACUGACUGUGGCAAAGCCUUUGUUUCCAAAUAUAAACUGAUGAGGCACAUGGCUACCCACUCGCCCCAAAAGACUCAUCAGUGCAAUUACUGCGAGAAGACGUUCAACCGGAAAGACCACCUGAAAAACCACCUGCAGACCCACAACCCCAACAAAAGGGCCUUUGUGUGCGAGGAAUGUGGGAAGAAGUACCACACCGCGCUGGGCUACAAGAGGCACAUGGCGCUCCAUGCUGCCAACAGUGGCGACCUCACCUGUGGGGUCUGUUCACUGGAGCUGGAGAGCACCGAGCUGCUGCUCACCCACCUCAAGUCCCAUUCUGAAGAGAAGCCGCCCAGCACAGCCCGCGAGAAGAAGCACCGGUGCGAGCACUGUGAGCGAUGCUUCUACACCCGGAAGGAUGUGCGUCGCCACCUGGUGGUCCAUACAGGAUGCAAGGACUUCCUGUGCCAGUUCUGUGCCCAGAGAUUCGGGCGCAAAGACCACCUCACCCGCCAUACCAAGAAAACACACCAGCAAGAGCUGAUGAGGGAGAGUCUGCAGGGUGCAGAGUUUCUGGGCACUUUCCACCCUAUGGCGCCUGCCUUUCAGCUGCAGGCUGCUGCCCUGCCUCCUUUCCCCAUAGGAGCGCCAGGUCCAAAUGGGUUUGUGGGUGGUAUGCCGGCUGAGAUUCAUGGCUUUACCUUCGGCCCCCCAGAGCCAUCCGUUCAGCCAAUGCCACAGUUGCCAGAGCCCUUUAUGGCCAUGCACCCUUCUGUUGCCCCGGGCUCUCCACCUCCAGGCUUUCAGAAUCACAAGUAUGGUGCUGGUCCUACCUCUUACCCACCACUUGCAAACAUGCCCCUCAAAGCAGAUACUAAGGGGUUUUGCAGUGUCAAUAUGUAUGAGGAAUUGCCUCUGCAAGAGCCUCAGUCACCUCCCAAGUUCAACCCAGGUUUUGAUAUGAUGAAGGCAGGUCUACCAAAAAUCAACCUGCCCAAGGAGCUGCCUCCAGAUACUGUGAACCUAGCAAUUUCUGCCUCUUUGGAUAUUUCCACUCUGUUGAGCUUCUGGCAGCUCCCUCCACCGCCACCACCACCACCUCCACCCCCACCCCCUCCUCCUCCUCCUCCUCCUCCUCCCCCUCCUCCCCAAAAUGCCUUUGGGAAUAACACUCUCACCCUGGCACCUGGGGAACCUGUACCCCAUAGACUGACCUGUUUGCAGCAACAGCAGCAGGAGACCCCAACAGCUGUGGGCACCGUGAAUCUGGGCCAGUUCCCUCUGCCACCGAUCCCCCAUGUUUUCACGGCUGGCACCACCACUGCUAUCCUGCCGCAUUUUCAUCAUGCAUUCAGAUAA